AUGCUUUCUACGGCUCACUGUGAAAUUAAUAAUGAAGAUGAUUAUAUGAAUAAGCAGAGAAGCCGCAAUGCAAUAUUGGCGGUGCUAUGCGACGCCCAGGCGCCCGUCGAAAUAUACCCACAAAAUCCAGUGGUCCUGGAGGGUCAAAAUCUCACCAUGCUCUGCCGUGUGGGGGUGGAUGUACACUACUGCAGAAUUACAAUACCUGGUCUGAAGAAUUCGCUGAAUUUGAAGUCCGGACAGCGUGUGGGAGGAUAUGAGUAUUAUGGCGCAGGCUUGGAGCAGGGACAGUGCGGCGUCCAUAUCGGAUCGGUGACCGCCAAAGAAGCAGGAGAAUUCAAAUGUUCGAUGGGAACAUCGCCCAUUGAAAGUGAUGCCAGCACGACAAUCAUCGUAGCACGUGAACCAUCCCCACCUGAAAUGGAAACAAGCCCGGGAACACAGGCUCGCGAUACCUUCCGAGCAAACGAUAUUUUGACAGCCAGGUGCGUUGUCAGAGACGGCAGGCCACCUGCAAACAUUUCUUGGUAUCUGGAUGAUGAACCAAUCUACGAUGGUCUGUCCGAACCUCAAGUGAUCGAUACCCCUGAUGGCUUGGCUACCAGUGUCCAAAACAUCACAAGGCGUUUGCAACCCAAUGAUGAUGGCAGAAGGUUGACUUGUGUUGCCAGGCAUUUGGCUUAUAGAAAACCAAACCAAGCAUCAGUAAUUCACCAUAUCAUCAAAGUUCAAUAUGAACCUCUGCCCAGGGAACGUCCAAUUGGCAUUUUCGGAGUGACACUCGGCGAGUUAGCAUAUAUCAAUGUCACAAUUGAAGCAAAUCCACGACCAGUAUUGGAAUGGACCGUCAACGGUGAGAGCAUCCCAGAAGGAUCAAUUGACAGCACACAAAGAUUUGAAGUCACAUCAGCUCAACCUUUGGGACAAAAUCGUUAUAAUGCCACAUUACGUAUUUCUGAUCUGACUUUGGAAGAUACAACGAAGGAAUACCGCCUUCGCGCCAGAAAUGAAAUUGGCAUGACUGAAUAUGAAAUCAGAAUUAGCUCCAGUGAACCACCAAUGGGCGGAGUUUUGGACCUUGGAUCCAUAGUUGGCAUUGUCGUUGCCUUAGCAAUUGUACUAAUUGUGGUUAUUUUGAUCAUUUUCGCAAGAGCAACUGGACGCUGGUGUUUCCACGGUUCCACUGAAAAUACUGAUGUGGCCAAAACGAGACAUGUCGGAGAAACAAGCGACACUGAAAGUGCAGAAAUUUCAUCUCAUUCCAACAAGCGUCUUUGGGCAAAGAAGCUCGACAGUUUGAAGGAAACUUUCUCGAUCAAAGGCAAAAAAGGCGAAGAUAUUAGUAUGCAAAAGCAAACUUCUAAACCAUCAGAAAUUCCAUCUAACGAGCCUGCUGCAGAAGAAGAACAGGCGCCUAAGACGCAGGUUGAAGUAGUAUCUGAGGUUGGAACGACGGAUGAGGUCGAUGCGGCAAAGAUAACCCAGACAGAUAGUGGCAUUGUUUACGCGGAAUUAGAAUUAAAACCAGGGGCUGGACCAACUGUAAGACCAACCGUUAAAGUUGAGAAUGAUAAGACUGAAUAUGCAGAAAUAGUACACGUGAAACAAGACAAAGACUCUCCAAAGUGA